AUGACUGAGGAAAAACUUCAAGAACCAAGUGAAAUCAAUUCAAUUGAUCAUAGUUCAUCAGAAACUAUUUUGAAACCUCAAGACGUUUUCAAGACUAAUUUACCAGAAAAUGAAAUAUUACAAGAAGUAAACUCAAUUAUAAUUGAUAAUGACUUGGAAGAUUAUAGAAAUUUAAUUACAAGAGGUGCAUUAUUAGCAAAUAAUCCAAAUUUAAUUGAUAAUGGUGAUUAUACCCAGGAUGAACAAAAAUCAAUCAAGAGGGAGACAACUCAUCCAAUUUGGUCAUUAUCAUUCCAUAUGAUCUUAGCUGCAUUAACAACUUCAUUUGCUGCUGUUAAUUUUGGUAUGGAUGAAUCUGCAGUUGGUGGUGCUCAAUUACAAUAUAACGUACAAUUUGGUAUUAAAGAUGUGAAUUUACAAGGAUUUGUUGUUGCAGCACCUUAUUUAGCUGCUGCAAUAAUUGGAUGUCCAUUAACCGUGGUUUUAAAUAAUAAAUAUGGUAGGAAAUGGAUCAUAUUAUUAAGUUGUUUUAUUGGAUUUAGUGGAUCUCUUUGGCAAGCUUUUGCAAAUGGUACUGCAGCUUUAUUAAUUGGUAGAUUAUAUUUAGGUAUUGGAAUGGGGUUAAAUUCUGCUACUGUUCCAAUAUAUACAGCUGAAUGUUCACCUGCAGUCUCAAGAGGUGCAAUUUUAAUGUUAUGGCAAACUUUUAUUGCAUUUGGUGUAUGUUUAGGCUCAGUUUUCAAUAGAGCUUUUGUUGAAAUCAAUGGAUCAUUAUCAUGGAGAUUAAUGAUUGGUUCAUCAUGUGUUGCACCUGUGAUUUGUGGGGCUUUAGUUUUAUUACCACCAGAAAGUCCAAGAUGGCUUAUUAGUCAAAAUAGAGUUAAAGAUUCAUUUGAAUCGAUUAUCAAAUUAAGAUCUUCUAAAAUAUCAGGGUCAAAAGAUUUCUAUAUUUUAUUUGAAUCAUUAAAAUUUGAAAAUCAAUUGAAAAUUGAUGAUACUACAUUAUUCAAACAGUUUGUUGAUUUAUUUAAAUAUAAACGUAAUAGAUUUGCCUUAUGGGUUUCAUUUUUAGGUAUUUUCGGUCAACAAUAUGGUGGUGUAAAUAUUCUUGUUAAUUAUACACCAACAAUUUUAACAAGUGCAGGUGUUGAUUCAAUUACAGCAAUUGCCGGGUCAAUUGGUAUUGGUGGUGGUUGCUUUUUAGCAACUUUUUUAUCAACUCAAUUAAUUGAUAGAUUUGGUAGACGUAAAAUGUUAAUUUAUACAUUACCAGUUGAAGGUUUAUGUUUAUUUUGGUUAGGUGGAAUUUUAAAUAUUGAAAAUAAUAAUAUUAGAUUAGGUUUAGGAUUAACUGCAAUGUAUGUAUUUGUGUUUUUCUAUGGUUGGGGUAUUGGACCUGUUUCAUUUACAUUAGUUGCAGAAACACCAGCUUUACCAGUUAGAGCUGCUCAUAGUGCAUUAUUAAUGGGUGUUAAUUGGUUAUUAUGUUUUUGUUUAAGUAUGACAUGGCCCAAGAUGAGUUCUACAAUGACAACUUCAGGUGGGUUAUAUUUUUAUGGUGCAUGGAAUUUUAUAUUAGCAAUUCUAGUAUUUUUUUAUUUACCAGAGACAAAACGUUUUACAUUGGAAGAAUUAGAUGAAAUAUUUAAAAUUGGUGCAACUAAUUUUGCCACAAGGAAACUACAUGGAUUAUUUCAUAAAAAUUAA